GACCCCAAGAUGACAUUCCGUUUCCGGUUAUCUAGUUGCCUUGGAAACUAGCACGCGCUACAAUUUGUCCGCUAUGGCGUGGCAAAGCAGCUCUAAAAUCCCCGACGGUGAGUUCACGGCGGUGGUGUACAGGCUCAUCCGCGACUCCCGCUACUCCGAGGCGGCCCAGCUGCUGGGCGCAGAGCUGCAGAGGAGCCCCCGGAGCCGCGCCGGGCUGUCGCUGCUGGCCUACUGCUACUACCGCCUGCAGGAGUUCGAGCUCGCUGCAGAGUGCUAUGAGCAGCUGAGCCAGAUGCACCCCGAGCUCGAGCAGUACCGCCUGUACCAGGCCCAGGCGCUCUACAAGGCCUGUCUGUAUCCGGAGGCCACCCGGGUCGCCUUCCUCCUGGACAACCCGACCUAUCAGACUCACGUCCUUCGCCUACAGGCAGCUAUCAAGUACAGCGAGGGGGACCUGCCAGGAGCCAGGAGCCUGGUGGAGCAGCUGCUGAGUGGGGAAGGUGUGGAAGACAGUGGAGGGGAGAAUGAUUAUGAUGGUCAGAUCAACCUGGGUUGUCUGCUCUACAAGGAGGGACACUAUGAAGCUGCCUGUGCCAAGUUCUUAGCGGCCCUACAGGCUUCUGGCUACCAGCCUGACCUUUCCUACAACUUGGCUUUGGCCUAUUACAGCAGUCGGCAGUAUGCCCCUGCUCUGAAAUAUAUCGCUGACAUCAUUGAGCGAGGCAUCCGUCAACACCCAGAACUAGGUGUGGGCAUGACCACCGAAGGCAUUGAUGUUCGCAGUGUUGGCAACACUGUGGUCCUCCACCAGACUGCUCUGGUCGAAGCCUUCAACCUCAAGGCAGCCAUAGAGUACCAGCUCAGAAACUUCGAGGUAGCCCAAGAAACCCUUACUGACAUGCCACCCAGGGCAGAGGAAGAGUUGGACCCCGUGACCCUGCACAACCAGGCCCUGAUGAACAUGGAUGCCAGGCCUACAGAGGGGUUUGAAAAGCUCCAGUUUCUGCUCCAGCAGAACCCCUUCCCCCCAGAGACCUUUGGCAACCUGCUGCUGCUGUACUGCAAAUAUGAGUAUUUUGACCUGGCUGCUGAUGUCCUAGCAGAAAAUGCCCACUUGACCUACAAGUUCCUCACACCCUACCUCUAUGACUUCUUGGAUGCCAUGAUCACUUGCCAGACAGCUCCCGAAGAGGCUUUUGUUAAACUUGAUGGGCUAGCUGGCAUGCUGACUGAGCAGCUCCGGAGACUCACUAAACAAGUUCAAGAAGCAAGGCAUAACAGAGAUGAUGACACUAUUAAAAAGGCUGUGAAUGAAUAUGAUGAAAUUCUUGAUAGGUAUAUUCCUGUCCUGAUGGCCCAGGCGAAAAUCUACUGGAAUCUUGAAAAUGAGGCUGAGGAGCUGAUGAGGAAGAUUGAAAAGGAGGAAGAACAGUUGUCCUAUGGAGAUCCAGACAAGAAAAUCUACCACCUUUGCAUUGUGAAUUUGGUGAUUGGAACCCUUUACUGUGCCAAAGGCAACUAUGACUUUGGCAUCUCUCGGGUCAUCAAAAGCCUGGAGCCUUACCAUAAAAAGCUAGGAACUGAUACGUGGUAUUAUGCCAAAAGAUGCUUCCUGUCCUUACUAGAAAACAUGUCAAAGCAUACAAUCAUGCUGAGGGACAGUGUUAUUCAAGAAUGCGUCCAGUUCCUAGAGCACUGUGAAAUUUUUGGCAGGAGCAUCCCUGCUGUUCUAGAGCAGCCCUUGGAGGAGGAGAGAAUGCACACUGGGAAGAACACGGUCACGUAUGAGUCGAGGCAGCUGAAAGCUUUGAUUUAUGAGAUCAUAGGGUGGAAUGUGUAAUUACUUCUAAAAAGGUCUUUAGAAAAGCUUUUUAAAAUUUAUAUUUCGCUCUCUUCUUCUGUAUUUUUCUGCAUGUGUUUAUAUUUGUUUCAGGUUUGACUCUGUAUACUUGAAAGUCAGCCUUUGCACCUUGGUAGCCACUGUGUGAUAUAGGCUGUAGGACACUGUCCACAGCUGGGACAGUGGCGUCUCUGCAGAGGCACAAGCACUCGGCAGCACUUACUGUUUGGGCUUUGGGCUGUUGAGGGGACUUCGCGCUAGUGGCCUCCUGGUACACAGUCCUGCUGUCACUGCCUAGUAGACCCAGUUGCUGGACCUCAGCAAACCAUCUCCAUCAGAAAGAAAAACCAAAGGCAGGCUUUUUUCCCGUGGUAGACUGUGCUGCCCAACUAAUCUAAUCCUUGACCAUAUGCCUUUAGGUGUUUUUAUUUCUUUUGGUUGGUUGCUUUUUGGGGGGCCUUUCUGUUCUCUCACUUCCUGGACUCCUUCAAAAACGAAAGUCUAGUUUGGAUCUUGUCUAAGGAGUUUUGAAAGGACAAAUACUAAAUAAUGGAAUCAUUUUCCUUUUUAACCAAUGGUGCCAUUUUUCUUUCAUGAUGUUGUUGGUUAGUUGGUUCUUAGGUUUUAUCAACAUUUCAUUUCUCUUUCUGCUUUGGGUUUUUCAUAGUUGAACAUACCUCAUAAAUACUACGUGUAGAAGUUUGUUUUUUAAAAGCCGUGGGGGAGGCAUGCAGGUGCUGUGAUGUUUGUAGAGGUCAGAAAACAACUUUAAGGAGUAGGUUCCCCUUUCUCUUAGGAGUCUCACGGGUUAAAUCAAGUCAUCAGGCUUGCCCAACAAGGGCUCUUACCAACUGAGCCAUCUUGGAAGCUCAAGUUUGGAAGCUUUUGAAUGUCUUUAAAGAGAAGUGUUGAACUGAAAAUGAAAAGCAAAUUAAGAGACACACUGGACUGGCUUUGUCCAGUCAUAGGUCUUAGGCAACCCACAUACUCCUCACGGUCUUUCAGUCCUUUCAGCUACAAGGCCCUUUCUACAGCUGCUUUUGGCAAUACAGUCUAUUUCAGUAAAAUCCAUACAAAAGAAAGUUGCCUUCUAUAACCUGGAAUUAUAAGUCUGGUCAAAAUGAAAUACUUAACUAUUUCAAAUUAAUGUUCACUUGGCUUACAGAA